AUGGGUUGUACGAUAUCAGCCACGAUACGUAAUAAAGGUAUAAAAGAUCUACCCGGAUAUUUAACUCAGAGAGAAGUAGAUAUUGUACAGAAGACCUGGGCUAUACUCUCUACAGAUAUGAUGGGCACUGGUGUUUAUAUGUUUCAAAGAUUAUUUGAAAUUCAGAAAGAUCUUCAGAAGUUAUUUAGAAAGCUGUUACUGCCCUCAGAGACGGCUGACUAUUUCUUUGAUGAGGUGAAGCUUCAGAGUCACGCCAUGAUUGUAAUGCAAGGAUUGGGAGCAGCCGUUGAGAGUCUAGAUGAUUCAGUCUAUCUAACCAAUAUCCUGUUGACCAUGGGAGAGAAGCAUUCGCAAUAUAACGUACAGCCUGAAAUGAUCUCGUUGUUGUGGCCAGCAAUCAGAGAUGCAUUAAAACAUAAAUUGAAAGAAGACUUCACACCGGAAACGGAACUAGCUUGGCGUCAUGUGUUCGAUUACAUCAGCAGCAACAUGGCGGAAGGUAUCAGAAAUGGACAGAAUAAAGUCAAAUCGAACAAAGCUGUUAAAAGUUAA